AUGUAUGAACAACAACCUCCUCCAUUAACAGUGGACCAACAAUCCUACAAUGGUGCAUCACAACAUGACUCCAUUGGUCCUGUAAUUGGAGUUCUUAUUGUGAUAAUUGUGUUGGGCAUAAUUGCAGUGAUGAUUGGAAGGUUGUGUUCAGGAAGAAGAAUCAUGGGUCAUGGCCAAUAUGAUAUAGAAAGCUGGGCAGAGAGAAAAUGUUCUACUUGUAUCGAUGGAAGAAUUAAUCUUUCGAUACCGAUGAGGGCUAGUGAGUCUAGCACUACCUCACUUCCUGCAACACCCAUUAAUACUCGUCAAGAAGCUGAACAAUCUUCUCAGAACACACCACCUAAUAACACUUGA